GGCUGCAGGCAGAGCUCGCCGCGGGCCCGCGCCCCCGGGGGCAGAGACGCCGGGCCGGGCCGGGCCGGGCCGCAGCUCCCCCGGGAUGGGCCCGGGAAGCCGGUGGCUGCUGGGCGCCGCCCUGCUGUGCCAGGUGGCGCCGCUGCUGGGCCAGACAGCAGCAGUGGUCCCCUUCGAGGAGGUGUGGAGCCGCAGUUACUGCCGUGCCCUGGAGACCCUGGUGGACGUGCUGGGCGAGUUCCCCCACGAGGCUGAGCACGUGUUCAAGCCGUCCUGUGUCCCGCUGCGGCGCUGCGCUGGCUGCUGCGGCGACGAGGACCUGGAGUGUGUCGCCGUGGAGACCCGCCCCGUGGCCAUGCAGGUUGUCCGCCUCAGCCCGAUCCAGGGGAAGAGUCAGCAGGAAGAGAUGAGGUUCACUGAGCACAGCCGCUGCGCAUGCAGGCCUCGGAGGAAACGAUUGAAAAGCGAGAGAGACAGCAAGAGAGGUGCCAGGAGGAGACCUCGGGAGCCGGGCCCUGGGCCCCUCCCCACCCCCCUGUGCCAGCCCCCGUCACAGAGGGAGCCGAGGAGCUGAGGCCACAGCCGAGGCCAAGACCUGGGGUGAAGGAACCGGUCCUGCCCCCAGGUGGGGGUCCAGGGUGCAGCCCCCAAAGCAGACUGGAGCUGGGACCGCCUCCAGCACCCAGUGAACGAGCCCACCUGCAGCACCCAGGCUGGGGGGCUGGUGACCCCACAUGAAAGGGGCAAGGGGUGAUGCCGCUAGGGCAGUGGGGGGAGGGGACUCAUUCCAGGGGGUUCUGCCCGGGCGGCCAGGGGCUCCCAGGUUGAUGUCAGGGGUAGGCAGGGGCUGAAGGCAGCUGGAUGGGGAAUUGAGGACCUGAACUUCUGACAAAGGGAGCUUCAGGCCAGGUGCCCCAGGGCCAGGAGCGGAUAGUGGGUAGAUGGGGGUUUGGUCCCACCCCCCUUUCCAGCAAUGGGAGCCCCCUCCCCCUCAGCUUCAGGAGCCUCCCCCCCAGAUAGGAACCAGGUCCCCCCUGGAUGGGAGCAGGAGCCACCCGUAGCGAGAUGUGAGCCGGUGAAUUCCACGGGGCUGCGACGCCCAGCCUGGCCUCCCCUGUUCUGAGGCUGCAGAUUGCUCAUGUAUAACCCAUGCACAGAUACUGAACCCACAAUAAACCCCGUCUCCUCCCUGCCCUGUCGUGAGUGUCUCCUCGCCUGGCUGAUGCCCCAGCCCUGCCGGUGCACGAUGGAGGAGUAGCCCAGAGACCCCCAGAAUGAGCACACCUGUGACACUGUGCCAGGAGCCCUGCGAGUGGGUGAUGUGACCCACAGCUCCUGGCAGCAGGCUGGGCGAGGGGAGAAGGUAGCUGAUCUGGCGUGGGAGGAAAGGUGGAGGCUGUUUGGGUUGCUAGGUUGUGUUGGUACAGGUGUGGGUUCCCUGGUUUCACACCCUAAGAGCAUUUCUUUUAAGCAGCAUCCAUGUCAGGGGGCCGCCCCACUGACCAGCCCCCAGCUGUACAAUCAUGUGCUGCCCCCUAGCAUGAUGAGCUCAGUGCUGGUGGGGGGGCCCUGCAGAGAGCACAGAGUGGCCUCAGUUUUGGGGUUCAAGCCCUUCCUGGUCUCCCCAAACCAGCUCCUGCCCCUGUGCCCUGAGAACCAGCAGGCCCAGCCCACCAGACUCUGAGUCCCUGUGCCUGGCCCACGCAGACGGCUGGGGCAGCUCGGAUGGCUGCUCUGGUCCCAGCACCAGCCCACUGAGCCUGCUCCAACCCGCCCCUUCCACUGGCUAGCGGGGAGGAUGCAGGGGGUGAGGGAAG